UUACCUUUUCACUAUGAGUGUUUGAGGCGAGGCGAGCUAAGGAAACGUCAGCUUGUGCCUCAGUCUGGCCGGAACAGCUGAUUAGAAUAACAUCGUUUUACCGGGCCAGUGCUAUGGACGGUGGUGGCAAGAUGAGGGCCGUGCUGGUGGCAGUGCUGGUGGUGGUGGUGCGUCUCUGCUGUGCCCAGGGACUCGUGGUCAUCGAUAACCUGCCUAAUCGGGGCAUCUGUCGGGCUUGCUUCCUCCACCCGAUCCUGGAAGACGCUGAAACUACUGACGACGAGGGCAGUCAGUUGUACGACUCUGACUAUAGUUUAGACUACGACCAAGAAUACGACCCCGAUUACGACCCCGAUUACGACCCUGAAUGUGGCUCUGCAUGUAGCGAUACCGGCUCCAGCAGCUCCUGUAGCUCCUGUGACGGAUCGAGUUUGUAUUCCAGCGAGGAGGGAGACUACAGUGUGCCGGAGUAUGACGAUGGUGACGACUACUGCGUGACUACCGGCGCAUGGUACGACUACAUUAGUGUUACUGCCAGUGUUACCAUUUACACCAUGGAGGCUGUGUGCACUGCUACUACUGGUGUUACUGGUACUGCUACUGCUGUUACUGCUGCUACUGGUACUACUGCUACUGCUACAACUGCUGAUGGUGCUCUGCCUAUUCCUCGUCCUGGUCGUGUCUACUACACCUUUACUAUCGAAAGUACUACGAAUACCCAAACUUCUCCUACCUCCACCUCCACUGUUGAGACUUCCACUUCUGCCACCACAGUCACCGCCACCACCACUACUACCAUUACCACCACCACUACUGCAACUGCUACUACUACCACCUCAGCUACGUUCACCCCAGCCACCACCACUACCAGCACUCCCACUACUACUGCUACCACCACUACCCCAGCCACCACCACCACCACCACCACCACCACCAUUACUAGCACUCCCUCUACUACUACUGCUACUACUUCCACCCCUGCUACGCCUACCCCAACCGCCACCACUACCACUACUACUACUACUGCUACCACUACCACCACCACCCCGACCACCGCCACCACAACUACUUCUACUGCUACAACUACAAUCACCCCGGCCACCACCACUACUGUUACUACUACCACCACCACUCCUGCCACGUCUUCUUCGGCCACAACUACUGCUACUACUACUGCUACAGUAACUUCUACUACCAUUACCACCACCGCUACAACUUCUACUACCACCGCUACAACUACUACCACCACCGAUACAUCCACUACCAUCAAUACUAAACCUGCUAAUGACGCUACCACCGCCUUUACUACUACUACCACUACUACUACUAUGGAUCCUACUAGUACAGUUUACUCCAAACUGCCACUUAUCUACCACUGCAGUGUUGUUGAUCCUCCUAACAUUACUUUCGACACCUCGCACGUGAGUGAGAAGAGAGCGCUACCGGGACUUCCAGCACUAUCCAGAAACUUUCAUUGCCCCUUGAUCUAUGUGAGGUCAAAGUGAGCGUCGUUUUUGCUUCAGGGCUUUUUAUGAGUUUUUAUUGAUUGUGGCAUCUGUCUGUUGGAUGUUUGAGACGAGUUGUUUAUUGGUUCUGAUUUUUUUUUUUUUAAUUUGGCAUCGGUUUGUUUCAUGAAGAUCUCGAGUUUGGUGAGAUGAGGCAUGAGGUAUUUUGAGAGGUUUUUGUUUGGUGAGACAAUGUUUUUAAUUAGGUAUAUCGGUUUGAUUUGGGUUGUUUGGUGAGACGAGACAUCAGGUGUUUGAGAUGAGGUUUAAGGUGCAUGAGAAGGUUUUUGUUUGGUGAGACAAGAGAUGUGUUGUGAUUGGUGAGACGUGUUUUUAAUUAGGUAUGUUUGUGUGCUUAGAUUAUGGUUGUGUGUUUGGUAAGACGAGAUAUCAGGUGUUUGAGAUGAGGUUUAAAGUGUAUGAGAUAAGGUUUUUGUGUUUGAUGAGAAGAGAUUGUGUGUGUGUGUGUGUGUGUGUGUGUGUGUGUGUGUGUGGCGAUAAGAUUAAGGAAAACAAGACGAGAGAAGCAAACGAGUAAUCUCAAACAAUACUUAACUUUUACCAAUGUUUUUAGUAGUUCAUGAUGAGAGAACGUAUGGUAGUUCAAACCUUCAAUUGCCUGUACAAAGUCGAGCAUGGUGACUUUGAUUACAACUUAUUAAAACGUUACUGGUCUUGC